ACUUGGAAACGCGAGACACAAACUAACUCAAAUGACAUGUACAACAGCCGAUUUACAUAAAAUGAUAAAUCGUAUAGUGAUUGUCGCGACAAACGUGCUGGCGACAACUCGAUAAACGUGUAAUAAAAUCACGACAACACUGAUUGACAUUGUUAAUACAAUUAUACAAUUAUAACAAUCGCAAUUAUUGUUCCUGCCGUCAUUUUAAUCGAAUGCCGCAUCUGAUUCCUUUAAAUAUAUGCAUUCGGUUUCCAUGAAUAAAUUAUGAGCGUGGACAGCGAAAACAAAUCGAACGAGGCGAUUGCGUCGUACACUUCAUCAACGGUCGAUCCGAAGAACGCGGUCGAUGGAAGUGUCGAUGGUGGCCCAGUGACUCCAGAAAUGGUGCUACGAUUACCUACUAUUACAGACAAGUAUCUCUGUUCUCCGGAGGCCAAUGUCUACGAUAUAGACUUUACAAGAUUUCAGAUUAGAGAUUUAGAAACUGGUGCUAUACUGUUUGAGAUAACAAAGCCUCCUGCUAGCGAAUGUGAUGUCCAUCAAGAACCAGAACCAGAUUGCGAAGAGCUCGGAUCUGAGGAUGCAAAUACAGGACGCUUUGUGCGUUAUCAAUUCACACCGCAGUUUCUCAAAUUAAAGACAGUUGGAGCGACAAUCGAGUUUCUCGUAGGGCCUAAGCCGAUCAAUAAUUUCCGGAUGAUAGAACGACACUUUUUCCGAGACAGAUUGUUAAAAACCUUUGAUUUUCAAUUUGGGUUCUGCAUUCCAAACAGCAAAAAUACAUGUGAACACAUUUACGAAUUUCCAACAUUGCCUACAGAUCUAGUUUCUGAAAUGAUUGCAAAUCCAUUUGAAACGCGAUCCGACUCGUUUUAUUUCGUCGACAAUCAGCUUGUGAUGCACAAUAAGGCCGAUUAUGCAUACAAUGGUGGACAUACGCACGACGUAUUGUAGUGUUCGCGUUUGUUGAUUAAUAUUAUUGCAAGUUAUAUAUAUAUAUAU